UUUGGCUUGUUUGUUUAAAAAGAGUGUUCCAAGCGAUUGAGUAUCUCACUGUUGUGUUUGGGACCUUUGGGUGUGUGUGUAUGUUAAUAUGUACACUCUGGCGCGAAUUGUGAAGUGAGAAAGAAUCAAACUUUGGGAAUUUCGUCAAUGGAGCCCGACGUUGUGGAGAUCCCUCCUCCUCUGAUCGCUUCUGGCUCGAGGACUCGUAAACCCAGAAAGGCUUUUCCUGAAGUGAUUGAUGUGGAAAGUUAUGAAUUCCGCAGUGGUGGUGGUAUUUUUAAUAAUAAUAACAAUGUUGUUGAUACGAAGAACAAAGGGAAGGCAAUACAAGUUGACUCCGUUUCUUACAACAACGUUCAAUCUCAUCAUCCGCCGCUUAACGUAAAGACGUUCCAAGACUAUUAUGGUCAUAAUAACCCUUUUGGUAAAGUAGCUAAUCAACCAAUUGAUGUUGAUGACUACUCAAUGUUUCAAGACGUUCUUGAUCCUAAGAAUGUCCCAGCUGGUGCAGAGGUCAUGGUACCUUGGGGUUUACAUUCUAGCAGUAAUGGAACAGGGAAAUCAAGUGGAAGCAUUUUGAGAAGUCAGUCCAUGAAAGAGACUGGAAACUCAUAUCUGCCAGCUGCUACUGUUCCUCAAUCAUGGGAUUAUUCUUCUGGUUCCUUUUUACCUCAACACAAUCAGACUAUCUAUUCUUCUGGUUCGUUUUUGCCACAGCACAAUCAGGCUACCUAUCCUUCUGCAUCGUUUUCUGUGGUCCAACCUCAGACUCCUGGUGUAGUGAUGGUCCCUAAUCCUACUCCAAACUCUUUUAGAUAUGAUGCUCCUGCUAGUUCUUUUCAGCCUAUAGCGGCUGGGUUUACUUCUUCAGUUGAGAAUUCUAACAAUGUUGGGAAAGCUAAGCAAGAUUUUCUGCGAGAUUUUAAAAGAUUUGAGACCGUUGAUGAUUUCUCAGAUCAUCACUAUGCUUCUAAGGGGAAAACUUCAAAGCAGCACUCGAAGAAUUGGGUCAAAAAGGUUCAAGAAGAUUGGAAGAUUCUUGAGAAAGAUUUGCCAGAAGCAAUAUAUGUCAGAGCCUGUGAAUCAAGAAUGGAUCUUCUGAGAGCUGUAAUUAUUGGAGCGGAGGGAACUCCUUACCAUGACGGUCUUUUCUUUUUCGAUAUUCAGUUCCCAGAUACCUAUCCUUCAGUGCCACCAAAAGUUUAUUACCAUUCCGGAGGGCUUAGAAUAAACCCGAAUCUGUACAAUUGUGGUAAAGUAUGCUUGAGUCUUCUCGGUACCUGGUCCGGUAGCACGAGGGAGAAAUGGCUUCCAAAGGAGUCCACAAUGUUACAGCUUCUUGUCUCAAUCCAAGCACUCAUCUUGAAUCAAAAACCAUACUUUAAUGAACCUGGCUAUGAGCGGAGCAAGGGGACUCCAUCAGGCGAGGCCCAUUCUACAGUUUACAGUGAGAACGUAUUCAUAUUGUCGUUGAGGACUAUGGUUUACAGCAUGAGAAAACCACCCACGCAUUUUGAGGAGUUUGUUCGUAGCCAUUACUUUCUCCGGUCUCACGACAUAGUGAAAGCGUGCAAUGCUUAUAAAAAUGGAGUUCCUCUUGGAUCGAUGGUUAAAGGCGGAGUCCAGGACCUUGAACAAACUAGCCAGAGCGGCUCCAAGAAGGGAACUCCUUACCAUGACGGUCUUUUCUUUUUCGAUAUUCAGUUCCCAGAUACCUAUCCUUCAGUGCCACCAAAAGUUUAUUACCAUUCCGGAGGGCUUAGAAUAAACCCGAAUCUGUACAAUUGUGGUAAAGUAUGCUUGAGUCUUCUCGGUACCUGGUCCGGUAGCACGAGGGAGAAAUGGCUUCCAAAGGAGUCCACAAUGUUACAGCUUCUUGUCUCAAUCCAAGCACUCAUCUUGAAUCAAAAACCAUACUUUAAUGAACCUGGCUAUGAGCGGAGCAAGGGGACUCCAUCAGGCGAGGCCCAUUCUACAGUUUACAGUGAGAACGUAUUCAUAUUGUCGUUGAGGACUAUGGUUUACAGCAUGAGAAAACCACCCACGCAUUUUGAGGAGUUUGUUCGUAGCCAUUACUUUCUCCGGUCUCACGACAUAGUGAAAGCGUGCAAUGCUUAUAAAAAUGGAGUUCCUCUUGGAUCGAUGGUUAAAGGCGGAGUCCAGGACCUUGAACAAACUAGCCAGAGCGGCUCCAAGAAGUUUAGGGCCGAUGUAGCUAGCUUUAUGCAGACAGUGGUUGAUGAAUUCGUCAAACUAGGAGUCAAGGAGCUUGCAGAGAAACCAAAACCACCUGAGUUCAAUGCUAACAUAAGGAAUCAGAGCAAUAAUACUAACCGUAAGAGAAGCAGAUCAUCGAGCAUCAAAGACUAUCUAGCAAAUAUUGGACGCUGCGUUUUUCAACAGUAGGAGUUGAGUGAGAGUAGUAGUCGCAACAACGUAUCAAUCAAGUUGAAGACUCGAGGAACAAGACUUGGUGACGACUGCGAGUGCGAGUAGUAGAGGAUCUAACAUAUGGAGUAGAAGAUUUAGCCAUUUUUUUUUUUACUAUUUUGAUAUUAUUUAUUACAAUCUUUUCCCCCGGUUUAGAGAAGUGGUUUUUUUUUUUAAUUUUUAUAAUUGACAGAUGUUUUUUAUAAUUGGGUUUUAACAUUUUUCUGUUCAGAUUUUACAUAGUUAGAGAUUUU